CAGUCUGGCAACGUUGUACAUGUUUGCCGCCAAAAAUAUAUUGCCUGUGUUUAUUUAUGAAAGCAGCACAAAUAUUUAAAAGGACAACAAAUGGAUGUGGAAUUAAAGCAACAGUUUGACGAAAUGGGCGUGGAACCGGAGCCUUCGGUGCUAGACAGGUGCGUGGAGCUGGCCAUUUCAUAUAAUAUCCACGACGCUACUGAGUUCGUGGAGCAGUGGAUGGCUUUCAGUUUAUCGCACCUCCAUGGCGAAGAUCCUGCUAUCGAAAACCUAGGCGACUUUGAGCGUAAGGUGCUGCAGCUGAGAAAGGACAAGAUCGGAUCCAAGGCAUCCGCGCAAAAGGCCAAACCCUAUGUUCAAUCCUCUGUUGCAGAGACGAGCUCUCUGGCCACCUAUGGUGUGAUGGAGGACGAUCCAAUGAUUGACGACUAUGUCAGCGAAUCAACGAUGGAAUCCUCAGCAUUGCACACUCCUAAGGCUAAAAAAAAUUCGGGACACAGUUCCAACCUCAAGAGCGGCGUGCUUUUCAGUCCCGCCAGCUACACACCCCAAUCCGCCAAAAGGAAUCCAGCGGUGGGAACACCAACCUUGUCAGUUACCGGCAAGCCUGGCGACAUUGUGGACUCCUUUGGCCAUCCCAAACUUCUAGCCAAGUCCACUUGGCACUCGGAGAUUGAGCACACGGUACCUGUGACCCAGAAACUGCUUCACAAGAACGUACCACUGACCGUAGGCAAUCUAGGCUACAUGAACGAUCUGCUCGCCGAGCGAUGUGACGACCUGCACGACCGCAUUGAUGACACCGGACGGGCGCUGGUAGAAAAGAAACUUGGUGAAACAGGAGCAGCCGAGUGCAGUUGGUACCCGCAGGAAAGACAGGCACUGCAGGCCGCAGGUGGACUACACGCGGUGGGAAUGAUCCACUCAGAGGACGAUGGACCACUGGAUGCCUACUCCGCCUUUUUGGUCGUUAUAGAUGACGAUGUAGAAGAUGUUGAGGACACCACACUUACGCUAAACUUUACCAGAGUCAAGUCUGCGAGCAUAUUCCCCGGUCAAGUGGUACUCGCCAAAGGAUUCAUUUCAAGAGGCAAAACCUUUAUAGUAGAGGAUAUUCACACAGAACGAAAACUGACGCCAGCCACUCCUCUGAAAGUUGAUAGAGAGCUGCAGUUUGUGGUGGCCGGUGGACCUUUUACAGAUAGCACAGAUCUGUUCUACGAGCCAUUGCACGACCUGCUAAAGUAUCUCAAAGAGCACAGACCCGAUGUGUUGGUGCUCACUGGACCCUUUCUGGAUGCUGAUCACAAGAUGGUUGGCGAACUAGCCGAGACUUUCGAUUCCUUCUUUGAUAAGAUGAUUGGUGGGAUAAUGGAGGCAAUUGGAAGCCACACCGCCGUUCUUGUUGUCAGUAGUCAGAAGGAUGCCAUGUCGCACUCUGUAUAUCCGACCCCACCUCCAGCUCUUCGCAAAACAUAUCCCAAUCUGCAUAUGCUACCUGAUCCUUCUUUAGUGGACCUAGAUGGUAUCACGCUGGGCGUCACCUCCACCGAUGUGGUGGAUCAUUUACUAAGCCACGAGUUCGCUGCAAAUGCCGGGGAGCGGAUGCACAGAGCUAUCAACCACCUGUUUCACCAAGGUUCCUUUUAUCCCUUGUAUCCGCCGGCGGACGAGGAUAUGGCAUACGAUUCCCAGCUAGCACUCAAAUACGGCCAGCUUAAACAACUGCCAAAUGUACUCAUCCUGCCAGGUGAUCAGCGGCACUUCAUCCGUCUGGUCAACGACUGCCUGGUAAUCAAUCCUGGUCGGCUCUCUGACAAGAAAGGCGGGACUUUUGCUAGGUUUCUGGUGACACCCUCAGUGCCUGGAAAGGUGACCAACAUGUUCAACAGUGUUGCGUGUCAAGUCCAACGUAUCUAAAUUAUACAUAGCAAAAUAAACCAUAAGCCAAGUAUCCUA